GUCUUAUACUUCACUGCGUAAGAGACGCUUCACCUCGGGAAAGGAGUGCGUACAUAUUUUCUUGUUGUUUUGUUGUUUAAAAAAAAAAAAAAAAAGACGUUUGAGGAUGAAGGUGGUUCUGCUCCUCGUUAUCUCCUGCCUCGCCUUACAUAACGGAAAGGGAGCGCCAAGCUCUGCGGUGUAUAAGUUUGUGAGAUGUAACCCUGAGGGUGACCAGGCCAACUGUGUGACUCAACAAGGUCCAGAGAUGGCAUGGAGUCCAGACCUACCAGCCAAACUGCCUGCUUCAGAAGCAAAGUAUCUAGAGGCAAAGCCUGUGGAGGAUGAAAGUCCGCAGAGAGAGGAGGAAGAGGAGGAUGAGAUGGAAGAGGAGAUGCUCAGUGAAGGCGGGGAGUCACCUAUGAGUGUCCAGGCUGAAGAAGGUUCUGGUGGUUAUGAAGGCUCUGCAUAUUAUGGUCUAUAUGUGGCGGACCGGCCUUAUGAAAGUGAGACAGGCUCUGGGGAGUCCUGGACAAAUAAAGACAUGGACCAGUACAAAGCUGGAGAUAUGAGGGGCCCGAGGUUCUCCAGCAGGGUUUUGGAUGGUGAGGCAAAACCAGCAGAGCAGGAGCUGAGAGACGACCACCUUCUGCAGCUGUAGACUGAACACCCGACCACUUACAGACCCACACACACACAAGGCUAGCAUCUAUUUUAUUUCCACCCGGUCCAUUCAAAUAGUAAAGCAUAUAUAGCAUCACCACCUGGUGGUGGAAAACCUUGGUCACUCAGAGACUGACAAAGGCCAAAUAUAAAUUUUGUAUUCUCAGUACAGUGUAUUGAGGGGAAUUAUUCUCUUCAACAACUGUAAACAAGCAUCUGCCAAAGUAAAGGAAUGGUCUGCAUAAAUGUGAAAUACACCCACUUUAAUUUAGUUCAAGUCAGCAGUGGCCUGUGUUUGUGCUGUUGUGAAAAAGAUGUGUAAGUUGGAAAAUGCUUUUUAACAUAAAAUUUGAAAUAUGCUUUCAAACCAGUGCAAUAAGAUUUUGUCCAUGUAUUGCUCCCUCUUUUUUUUUUUUUUUUUUUUUUUAGCUAUGUGGCAUGUGUUUGUGACACACAAAACAAAGACUUAUUUAUAUUAUUUGAUCCCAUUUGUCUCAAUUGUUGUGACACUUACCCAGGAGGGUUACGCAGCCUAUCUUGAGAAUUUCUGGCCUGAAAGGUUGAACAAGUGAACCUUGUAAACCCAAACCCCUCAGGAAUGACGGGUUCAUAAAAUCUUAACCACUGUGAGCUGCAUCAUAUUCAGAUUAUUCAUUAUGCACAUGCAUGCAUUUCAACAUGCUCUGCGUUGUCUAGUUUGCAUUUGAAAUACUUCUAUUAAUAAAGGAUUUAUAACAACA